AUGGCUGCAGCAGCGGUAUCUGUCAGUCUGCUGUGUUCAUUCGUGGACGUGCUGAUCGCGAACAAGCUUUCGGCCAAGGCGCUGAAAGAGCUUGGCUCGCAAUGCGGAGUCGCGCAGGAGCUCGACAGGGCACGGAGCCUGCUGGAGGCGACGGCGCUAGUCAUCCCGGCCGCCGAGAGAAGAAGCUUGGAGGGCGACGUGGCCGCGCGGAGCUGGCUUUCAGGCCUUGCAGACGCCGCUUACCAUUUGGACGGCAUGCUUGACGAACUGGAGUGCGAAGCUCACCGAUCCCUGACGGAGGUACGUGGCGAUACAUAUUCUUUCUCCGCCUUCUCGCACAGUUUUCGUACUGUUUUCUUCGCAAAAUUUAAGACGACGGUCGAGAGGCUGCACGCUUUUGAUAAAGAAAAGCACGCUCUCGGCCUUAGAGCUCCGGAAAGGAAGAGACGUGUUGUCGAUACCAAACUUAGGUCCUAUUCGAGCAAAUUCAUCGGUAGAUGCGGGGAGAUCGAUAACAUUCUUAAAAGUUUAGUUACUCAGCAUUCCUCGGGUGAGAACAUCAAUGCCGAAACUGGUCUUACGCAACCUGUUAAUAAACUCUUAGAUACGAAGAACAUUUGCGUCGUAGCUGUCACAGGUCCUCAGGGGAUUGGAAAGACGGCUUUGGUGAAGAAAGUGUACCACCACAGAGUGGUUACUGAUUAUUUUCCUCUGAGGAUUUGGGUGUCUGUCUCGACCAGUCCGGUCGGAAGUGGUAUUCUUGACGGUGCUGUUGAUGACGUGAGUGAGCCGUACCCGUACAGCGGACCGAGCAGGCUCAGUACUCUAAGAUUGCUAGGAGAGAAUCUCAUCGAAUUACUCGCGGGAAGAAGGUUCUUGCUAGUUCUGGAUGGUGUGCAGACUGAGCACCUAAGCGACUGGGAACUGCUCUGCCGCAACUUGUUCGCUGGUGAAAGAGGAAGUCGGGUGGUGGCAACAACCAGGAGUUCCAGUGUCGCGAAGAUGAUGUGCACGGCGGACAUGUUCAGUCUCGAUGGUUUGUCGGAAUCUGAUUCAUGGUCGUUGCUUAAAACUUGCACUCCCACAGUUCUUUCCUGGAAAAAAAAGGGAAAUGGAAAAAAGAAGAAAAAUAGCACUUUCAAAUGCCGAGACCUGGAUAAGAAUGAAAAUUUAGAUGGUGUGGGUCAGGAAAUAACUAAGCUGCUAGGUGGCUCUCCCGGUGCGAUUCGCAUAAUCGCUAGCCUUUUACCGCAACAGCAGGAUUCUGAUUUCCGGAGGGAGAUCCCAGAAUCAUGCAAGGCUAAAGGGAGCGCGACGACGGAUGCCAUAGCACUUGUUCUUAAAGUUACAUACGACUCCUUACCUUCGCACCUGAAACUCUGUCUUUUAUGUUGUUCUUUGUAUCCUAGAGGCCACAAGUUUGAAAAACUAAACCUAGUCGAUACUUGGAUAGCGGGGGGCUUCGUACUCCCUAACAAAGAGGUAUCAAUUGAGGAACAAGCAAUCCGGUGCUUCGAUGAACUAUUAGCCAUGUCUUUCUUAGACUCGUGCGGCGAUAAAUAUUGUUUGCAUGAUUCUAUACAUCAAAUUUCAUCACAUAUGCUUGUGCUUUCGUGCUUACGACGUAACUGGUCGUCGGAAAUCCCUGCCGAAGCCGUCCAUCUAUCAUUGGUCUCUGGCAAUUUGCUCGCUUCGGAAUAUAAGUAUUUGUCCAAAUUUAAAAACCUUCGCUCGCUCGUAUUCCUGCGCGAAAGUAACUAUAGAUCUGAUUAUUUUACCGAAGAAAUAUUUCAAGAGAUGAAAUCCUUGCGGGUGCUCGACUUGAGUCACAGUGGCAUCAAAGAGGUGCCCAGUUCUGUCGGCGAGCUAACGCAUCUUCGGUUGUUGAAUCUUUCAUACACUUUAAUCAGCAGUGUGCCUGAGACACUAAACAAUCUCAGCAAGCUCCAGAUCUUAGAUUUAUCAGGCUGUCUCUUAUUAUUUGCUCUGCCCGCAUGGAUGAACAAGAUGACGAGCUUGCGACGCCUCAAAGCAAGUCCCAACUUAGCCUGCUCGAUAGGCGAAAUCGGAAAAUUGACCUCCCUUCAAAACCUGGAGGAGUUUAGGGUGCACAAAAGGGAUGGACGCAGGGUAACUGAAUUGAAGAACAUGAAUGAGCUUCACGGAAAGCUUCGCAUACGGAACGUCGAGAACAUCAGCAGCGGGGCAGAGGCGACGGAAGCAGGUCUUGAAAAGAAGGCUCAUCUCGAAAGGCUAGAAUUGGAAUGGUCUGAUGAUCGCCGUGAUACUCCGCUGGACGUCGAUGUCCUUGAAGGUCUCAAACCACCCUCGAGUAUCGAAAUGAUUGGCAUCACGGGUUUUAGCGGCAGUGAGCACCCGAAGUGGAGGUUGGCAAGACUUGCCCCGCCUCUCGGAGAUGCACCGCGCCUCAAAUUAUUGGAUCUGUGCAGGCUGGAAAGAGUGAGGAAGCUCGACAACCUCAUGUACGGGCUGCGGAAGUUCCCUUCUUUGGUGGAGCUGCGGUUACACGACCUGCGUGAGCUGAAGGAAUGGUUUGAUACAGACAAUUUUUGUCCGGCCCUUCGAGUGCUAGAAAUCAAGGAUUGUCCAAAUCUGACAAGGCUGCCUCUUCUUCCGCUGGCACUACAAGAGCUACGAAUAGAGAGAGUCGGACUGAAGACUCUUCUGGAAGACCACGCCAACUCGCCGCCGCGCCUCUUGCUCGUCUGCAUCGCUGAGUGCCCAGACUUAGAGUCCCUUGGAAUGGAACAGGUUAAAACUCUCGAGGUUCUGACGAUUCGGAAAUGCAAAAGUCUCGCAGCAUUACCAAACGGAUGGUGUCGGAAUUUACUCUCCCUGAAAUCUGUGAUGAUAGAAGAUUGUCCCAAUCUCACCUGUCCUCAUGACCAUUUGAUCUCCGGACUCUCCAUGUAUGUUCAUCAAUUCGUCGAGGCCAUAAAGAGAAAUCUUGCCGCGCGGGCGAGGAGCAUGCUCCACUUGACGGCGAUGUUACUGCAAGUCGUGGUCGCCUGCGAGACACCCACAAGGGGACUGGGAAUAAGCGUUCUGCUGUGUGCUUUGCUCGGUGCGCCGGCAUCCGCAUCGGAGCUCGAGGCUGCUGCUGCACUGCCGCCGUCGCUUAACGCUCUCAAGAUAGCCGGCAGCCCUCGCCUCGUGCGGAGGCCGCUGCUCGUCGAGCUGCAAUCCCGCCCGUCUCUCUCGUCCACCGUCGUCGGGGAAUUCUCCGACGUCGCCUCCUGCGUGCAGGCGGCGCUCCGGCACCUGACCGCCUUGCAGUCUUUGCGCAUUUCGUUCUGCGACGUCGCCACCGCCGCCGCCCGCUCGCCCUUCUCGGUCUCCCUGGAGUACAAUACCAGCCCGCCUAGCUACGAUGGCGGCGCCGCUUCUUCUAGAGCUGUCGUCACCGUCGGCAAAGUGGACCGCCGGCGGGGCAGCGCAAUCUCGGACCCCACCGCCCGACUCAUCGCGCCGCGCCAGCUCAAAUAUCUCAAGAUUCUGGAGCUGGCCGGCUGCCCGGACCUGCGGUCGUUCCCCAGCGACAGGAGGCAGCUGGAUCACCUGACGUCUCUCGAGGACGUGACUGUUGCCGACUGCGGCGAGCUUCGGUCCGUGCACCUCGGAGCUUUCGGCGGCAGCACCCUCAAGAGGUUCACGAUUCGGGACUGCGACAAGCUUACGACUUUCGCCGUCGAAGAUCACGGCCGGCCUCCGCGGAGACCCGCCGCCCUGCAACGGUUAGUCCUGCAGGGCUGCGCCAGACUUUCGCGCCUGCCGCCGAACUUACGAAGCCUCGAAUCGUUGGAGGUACUGCAUAUAGCGAAUUGCCCGCAGUUGCGCCGCCUGCCGGACGACGACGACCUCCCCGUCUCGUUGAAAGAAUUGCUAGUCCGGUGA